UCCCAGACUCUGCUGUGUCUCUUGCGCUUAUUCGUCCCCUCCCCCACGGCUGACAAAUGAAUGGCUAGUGUGAAAUCCCUGCCUCCCCAGUCAGCCCCGGCAGGCGAAGCGGGAGGAGCGAGGGAGGCGGUGCGCUUCUUGCGCUCGGCCCCGGGGUUGCGUGCUUCGGGCUUGCAGAACCCAGAUGUCUAGGAAUAGGGAGCUUUGUGAUGGGUGUGGGCGCCCUCUGAUGGAGAAAUCCUGCAGGAGUGGAGAGAAAUGAGCCCCCUAAACCAUGCGAGGUGCUUUCACAACCUCUAUAAAAGGACGCAGGACCCUCGCUUUCCAUUUGGUCGAUAGUUUUCUACUGAAGAGUCCGCGACGUCCAUCGAGGCGUGUGGAGAAACCAGCAAGAAGGAAGGAGGCAUUGUCCGUGCCAAGUGCAGAAACGAAAAGCCUCCUCUUGAGCCGACUGGGAUGUGCGCGCGCUCCAGGUCUUCUCUGUAGCUUGGUGGACUAGCACACCUGGCUAGGGGUGUAUCCAGGACAAGAUGUUGAUAAAUAUAAAGAGCAUCUUGUGGAUGUGUUCUACCUUAAUAGCAACCCAUGCGCUGCAAAAUGUUAAAGUGGAAAAAAGUCCACCUGUUAAGGGUUUCCUCUCUGGAAAAGUGAACCUACCUUGUCAUUUUUCAACCAUGCCUACCUUACCACCUGGUUAUAACACCACCAGUGAAUCUCUCCGAAUCAAGUGGUCUAAGAUGGAAGUGGAUAAAAAUGGAAAAGAUUUAAAGGAGACUACUGUUCUUGUGGCCCAAGAUGGGAAUAUCAAGAUCGGGCAAGGUUUCAAAGGGAGAGUGUCAGUGCCUACACACCCUGAGGCUGUGGGGGACGCCUCACUCACUAUGGUCAAAGUGCGUGCGAGUGACGCAGGGCUCUACCGCUGUGACGUCAUGUAUGGGAUUGAAGACACACAAGACACAGUAUCAUUGGCUGUGGAAGGGGUUGUGUUUCACUACCGGGCAUCCACCAGCAGGUACACGCUGACCUUUGAGACUGCGCAGAAGGCUUGUAUGGAUGUUGGGGCAGUCAUAGCAACCCCAGAACAGCUCUUUGCUGCCUACGAAGAUGGAUUUGAGCAGUGUGAUGCAGGCUGGCUAUCCGAUCGGAGCGUUAGAUACCCUAUCCGGGCUCCCAGAGUAGGCUGUUAUGGAGAUAUGAUGGGGAAGCAAGGAGUCAGGACCUAUGGCUACCGUUCUCCUCAUGAAACUUAUGACGUGUACUGCUAUGUGGACCAUCUGGAUGGUGAUGUAGUCCACAUCACUGCUCCCAACAAAUUCACCUUUGAGGAGGCUGAAGAGGCGUGUGAAAACCAGGAUGGCCGGCUGGCGACGGUGGGCGAGCUGCACGCGGCCUGGAGGAAUGGCUAUGACCAGUGUAACUACGGGUGGCUGUCAGACGCCAGCGUUCGCCACCCUGUGACUGUGGCCAGGGCCCAGUGUGGAGGUGGUUUACUUGGGGUGAGAACCCUGUAUCGUUUUGAGAACCAGACAGGCUUCCCUCCCCCUGAUAGCAGAUUUGAUGCCUACUGCUUUAAAACUAAACAGAAUAUAUCAGAGGCUACAACCAUCGAACUGAAUAUCCUCGCAGAAACUGCAUCACCCAGUUUAUCCAAGGAACUGGUACCUGACAGAACUACACCAAUCAUCCCUUUAGUCACUGAGUUACCUCUCAUUACAACAGAGUUCCCGCCUGUGGGAAAUAUAGUCAAUGUUGAACAGAAAGCCACAGUUCAAACUCAAUCUCUCACACAUAGAGUAGCCACUGAGUCACCUACACCUGCUGGGAGGACCAAGGAGCCUUUAGAUAUGAGCUACUACUCACCUUUUACUUCAGAACCACUUGAAAAGCCAGACAUAUCUAAAAUUGAGGAAGAAGUAUCCCAAGUAACAGCUGUCAUCUCCCAUCAUGAUACUGAGUCAUGGGAUGGUGUCAUAGAAGAUGUACAAACACGAGAAUCAGUUACACAAAUUGAACAGAUAGAAGUGGGUCCGUUGGUAACAACAUCUAUGGCGUUCUCUGCAACUGAAACACCAUUUGUUUCUACAACUAUGGUCCUGGAAUCCAAAACUGAAAAGAAAACAGUAAGCAGUAUUCCUGAAUCAGUGACCACAAAUCAUUAUAGUUUCACUCUGGGAGAAGAUGAGGGCAAUAAUAGAACAUUUACAGAUAGAUCUAGUCAAAGCACCCUGACAUUUAGCCAAAUUCCAGAAGUCCUUACAGUGUCAAAGACAUCAGAGGACAUCACCUCCACUCCGCUAGAACAUGCAGACUCAGUCUCGGUAUCCACUGCUGUUUCUCCGGUGACACUGCCUGACAGUGAAGCGUCAUCCAUGGAGAGCUGGGAAGAUACACAAACGAAUGGUAGGAUAACUGAAAAUAUCUCUGACCAGUAUGUGUCCGUCACACCUUUCCCAACACAGCUACAUACAGAAGUAGAAUUGUUGCCUUUUUCUGUUGAUAAAAAAUUAGUUGAGGGGUUAUCCACAGUUGUUUAUCCCUCUCUAGAAAUAGAAAUGACAGAAGAAAAAGAAAGAACAGAAACAGAAACAAGAGUGGCGGUGGAAGACUUUACAGCUCCAGCUGGAUCAGAAACAGAAGGCUAUGAAGAUAUUACGAAGUCUGGGGAAGGCAUAACAACUGUGCACUUGACCCACAGUACUUUAGAUGUGGAGGUGGUCACCGUAUCAAAAUGGUCAUGGGACAAAGAUAAUAUGACAUCAAAGCUCUUAGGGCCCACAGAACAUACAGUUUCUCCGAAACUGCCCCCUGCCUCACACACAACUAUGGGAGUUAGUGAAAAAGAUGAAGAAAUCCCAAGUUUUACUGAAGAUGGAGGAGAUGAAUUUACUCUUAUCCCAGAUAGUGCACAAAAACCACUGGAGGAAUUUACUGAGGAAGAAACAACAGACCUUCGGAAGUUCACAGUUAGAUUUCAGCCAACUACAUCAAUUGGUGUUGCAGAGAAGUCAACUGUGAGAGAGACUACAAGUGAAGAAAGAGUUUCACCUGUUACAAGCACAGAGGGCAGAGUUGUUUCUGCAACCAUAGAAGGGAGUGCUUGGGAUGAAGAAGGUGUGGAUGUCUCUAAGCCCUUACCAACUCUUUCCCAGUUUGCACACACUUCAGAUGUAGAAGGAUUGGCAUUUAUUAAUUACAGUAGCACUCAGGAGCCUCAUACCAUUUCUAUCACUGUCAUUCCCAAGACAGAAUGGGGAGUGUUGGUACCUUCUGUUCCAUCGGAAGGUGAAGUUCUAGGUGAGCCCUCUCAAGACAUAGGUGUCAUUGACCAGACUCAGCUUGAAGCAACUAUUACUCCUGAAACUAUAAGAGCAACAAUAGAGAUUAAGCAAGAGACAACUCAAGAAGAAUUCUCUCAGAAAGAACAGACUCCGGAGAAACCAGUUCCUGCUCUCAGUUCUACAGUUAGCACAGCCGAGGAAUCAAGGUCACCUUUGGAUGAACAAGAGGGUGAUGGGUCAGCAUAUACAAUCUCUGAAGACAUAUUGGUGACAAGUUCUAAGAGAAUCCCAGGUUUGGAAACAACUCCGAUUGGAAAAAUUGAGCACAGUGUAUCUUAUCCACCUGGUGCUGUCACUGAGCACAAAGAGGAAAUAGAUGAAGGGGUGACACUCACAUCAGGUAUGGGGCCAGUGGUCUCUUUAAGUCCAGAGCCUGAACAAGAACGUGACACAGAAGGCACUAUUCCAUCACGUUUGAGCACCAGCAUUACCCAGCUUAUCGAGGAAACCACUUCUGACAAAAGAGAGAAAACAUCCCUAGAUUAUAUUGAUUUCGGUUCAGGAUUAUUUGAAAAGCCCCAAACCACAGAAUUGUCAACAAUUAAAGCCACCAUUCCAAGUGAUGUCACUGCUGCCUUCAGUUCUGUAGAAAGACUUCACACAACUUCGGCACUCAAGCCAUCUUCAGCACCCACUGAAAAACCUCCUCUCAUUGACAGGGAACCGGGGGAAGAAACAACCAGUGACAUGGUAAUCAUUGGAGAAUCAACAUCCCCUGUUCCUCCCACUACCCUUGAUGAUAUUGUAGCCAAGGAAACAGAAACUGACAUUGAUAGAGAGUAUUUCACAACAUCAAGUAUUCCUGCUACACAGUCAACAAGACCACCCAUUAUAGAAGACAAAGAGGCCUUCAGUCCUCAGACACUUUCUACUACAGAACCCCCGACGGGGACAAAGUUCCGUCCUGAUAUUAAUGUGUAUAUUAUUGAGGUCAGAGAAAAUAAGACAGGUCGAAUGAAUGAUUUGAGUAUGCUUGGUCAUCCAAUAGAUUCAGAAUCUAAAGAAGAGGAACCUUGUAGUGAAGAAACUGAUGCAGAACACGAUCUAAUUUUGCCUCAGUUCAUUGAAAUAGAUAUAUAUCACAGUGAAGAUGAUGUAGAUGAAAGUGACGAAUGUGAAAAUGCUACUGACGUAACGACAACCCCAUCAGUACAGUACAUAAAUGGCAAGCAUCUCGUCACUGCUGUGCCCAAGGACCCAGAAAUGGCAGAAGCUAGGCGUGGCCAGUUUGAAAGUGUUGCACCUUCUCAAAACUUUUCAGAUAGCAGUGAAAGUGAGACUCAUCAAUUUGUAAUAACUGAAACUGGAUUUUCUACUGACUCACAACCUAGUGAAUCUAAAGAAACAACUGAAUCACUUGAAAUCACGUGGAUGCCUGAGAUUCACCCUGAAAUUCCAGAACAUUUUUCAAGUGGUGAACCUGAUCCUUUCCCCACAGUUCCAUUCCGUGAGAGAGACGCAUCAGAAAGACCAGAAUCAGUCACAGAGGGAGGUCUUGAACUUGAUAAUCAGGUGCCUGAACAUACCAAGUCUGUACCUCUGUUUCCUGAAGAGUAUUCAGGAGAUGCUUCCAUUAAUCAAGAAUCUCAGAGAAUGUUCUUUUCAAGGGCUACAGAAAUAACACUUGGUAAAAAGGCAGAAAAAAGCAUGUCUGUCACAAUUACUCCAAGUUUAGUCCCAAGUUCUGUGUCGGCAAAUGUUUCAGAGGAAGUAUCAGUUAUCUUAACCAGGAAUCCACAGUCUGGUGAUCCACUGUCCACCAUAGAAGGCUGGGUGGAAGUAACACCUAGGCAAACUGUAGAGCAUUCAGGAAGUCCUUCAAUUUCAAUUCCAGAAGGCUCGGGGGACUCAGCAGAUGAUAAAGCUAAAAUGUCCACCAUGGUAACUGAUUUGUCACAGAGAAAUACUACAGAUACACUCAUUACUUUUGGUUCUGGCAAUAUAAUGAUCACAGAAAACCUUUUUGAUGUUCCUGCAGCUACCAUUUAUUCAGCUUCUGAACAACCUCCUACAGUAGUGCCUACCAAAUUUGAAAGGGAAACAGACACUUCUGAGUGGGUUUUCAGCCCAUCUCUUGAGGGAAAGGUAAAGAAAGAUGAGGAGGAUGAAACUACAGUCAUGGCUUCUACAGUUGAGAUACUUCCACCUACACAGCGAUCAGAUCAAUUAAUAUUACCUUCUGAAUUAGAAAGCUCAAAUGAAGCUACACCUAGUGAUUUAGCAUCUAUUGCCAGGAAAAAUUUUAUGUCCUUGGCAACACCAACACCGGUGGAAAAGGAAGUGACAAACUCUACUCCUGUCUUGACAGAAUCAAAUAUUUUAGAUAAUCUGGGGACACAGAGCACUGUACCCAGCUCUAAUGUUCAAACUGGGGUUCACCAAGGGCUGGCCACUGUCCCAGGUAGCCCCUUUAUGGAGCAGGGCUCUGGAGAAGCAGCUGCUGACCCAGAAACCACAACUGUUUCUUCAUUUUCGUUAAAAUUAGAGCCGAAAAUUCAAACCAGAAAGGAAGCAGCUGGCACUUUGUCUCCUCAGAUGGAGACCGUAUUCCCUUUUGAGUCAACAGGACUUUUGAGCACUGUAAUGGAUGGAGAAGUUGCUGAAAUUAUAAGCCAAACAUCCAAGGACAACCUGACUUCAGGGGUUUCAGGAGAGCCUCAUCAUGGGGCAGAUGUAAAGGAUUUCACUACAGAUUUUCCUUUGGAGGAAGAUUUCAGUGGUGACUUAAGAGAAUACUCAACAGUCUCUCAUCCCAUAGCAAAAGAAGAAAUAGCAAUGCCAGAGGGCUCUGGGGAUGCAGCAUUUAAGGAUCCCCAGACAUCACCAUCUGCAAUACCCACCUCAGAUACCAUCAGUCACAUACCUAACUUGGAAAGACCUGGUAAUCCCACGGCCAGUGUGUCAGCAUUUCCCUGGGAAGAGUUCACAGCCUCAGCUGAGGGUUCAGGUGAGCAAUUGGCCUCAGUAGGCAGCUCUGUUGACCAAGUGUUUCCCAGUGCUGUGGGAAAUAUGUCUGGUACACAGUCUCCAUUUGCUGGCCAGCAAUGGGAAGAAAUGGGUACUAUCAAUGAUGCUGAUAAAAGAUCAACAAUUUUACCAACAGUGGAAGCUGAAGGUACUGAAGCUGCAGCAGAUAAGGAAGAAGUGAAGGUCUUUAGCACAGUUUCAGUGGACUUUCCCCAAACUAUGGAACAAGCAAAUUUUGAUUCACAAACAUUCACUGACACUAGACUUCGAACCACAGAUUAUUCUACACUAACAAUGAAGAAAAUUGACAUUAAUGAUGAGGAAGUGGAGGCGGAAGGCACUUCUUUAGCUGACAUUUCUACUCCAAAUCUGGAUCCAAAGGGUUUGGAACCAUACACUACUCUCCCUGAAGCUAAUCUUUUCUUAGCUGCUACCUCAGUGACUAAAUCUAUACCAGCUGAAAUUAUAGUUACAGAUUUACCAAUCAAAGAGGAAGGAAGUAUAAAAUCCUCCAAAGUUACAAAACCAAUAAUUAAAGAGUCAGAUACUGAUCUUUUAUUCUCUGGACUGGGAUCAGGGGAAAUUCUGCCUACUGCUGAAUCAGAGAGCUUUACUGAAAUGGAAAAAAUCAUUCACACUUUAGAUCCCCAGACUUCUCCAGUGGAAAGUUUUGAAACAAGCAUUGCCAGUGAUAUAAAUGAAGACUAUGAGGGAACGAAAAAUGUACAAAAUGAAGUAAGCCCACUUAUUUCCAAAACAGACAGCAUCUCCAAAAACAGCGUGACAGUGGCCAAUACAACUUUACUUGAAAUUUUAAGCGACAUCAGAGCAGAAGGACCCACAACGGCACCUUUUACUUUCUCCACAGACACUGAACAGCCUCAAAGUCAGACCCACAGUUGGGCUGGAGAAAUUCAAUCUGGUCGGCUACAACCUAUGACUGAACAAGUCUCCAAUGAGAAUUCUUUAACGGCAGAAGCUAAAGAAACAGCAACCUUUUCCACUGAUUUCCUGGACAGAACAUACAGUCUGGAGAUGGCCAAAGGAUCUGUUACAUCAGCACCAAAAUCAUCUCACUUAUUUUAUGAACAUUCUGGGGAAGGAUCUGGGGAAUUGGAUAUGGUUGAUUUAGUCCACACUAUUGGAACAACUCAGACAACCAGACAAGGAAGCACCACAUUUGUUUCUGAUAGAUCCUUGGAAAAACUUCCUGAGCUUCCAAGUGCCAAAGCUGUUACUGUUGACGGAUUCCCGACAGUCUCAAUGCCGCCUCUUCAUUCAGAACAGAAUGAAAGCUCCCCGGAUCCAACUGGCUCACUGUCAAAUACAAUGUCAUAUGAGAGGCCCACAGAAGACACUGCAGGUGGUUUCCAAGAGCAUCUCGUGGGAUUCGAGGAGUCCACUUUAAAUCCUGACAGAAGAAAAGCCACUGAAAAUAUUAUUAUAGAUCUGGACAAAGAGGACAAGGAUUUAAUAUUGACAAUCACAGAGAGUACAAUCCUUGAAAUUCUACCUGAGCUGACAUCAGAUAAAAACACUAUCAUAGAUAUUGAUCACACUAAGCCUGUGUAUGAGGACAUACUUGGAAUGCAGACGGACAUAGAUUCAGAGCUGCCGUCAGGGCCACAUGACAGUAAUGAAGAAAGCCCUCAAGUUCAAGAGAAAUAUGAGGCAGUUGUUAAUCUUUCUUCAAUUGAGGAAAACUUUGAAGGCUCUGGUGAUAUUCUUCUGGCUACUUACACUCAGGCAACACGUCACGAGUUGCUGACUUCUGAAGACAGAAACCAGUUUGAUCACAUGGCCUCUGUUUUCACAACUGGGAUCCCUAUCCUUAGCACAGAAACGGAAUUAGAUAUGUUGCUUCCCACAGUAACAUCCCUGCCUGUUCCUAAUAAGUCUGCCACAGUUAAUCCCGAGAUUCAUGAACCAAAAGUUGUAGAAAAUGUUAUGGAAGACAUCUUUGAAUCAAGCACUUUUUCUGAUGGGCAAGCAAUUGCAGACCAGAGUGAAGUAAUAUCAACAUUGGGUCAUUCAGAAAAGACUCAAGAUGAGUAUAAAGAAAAGAUAUCUGUCGGUCCUUCCUUUCAGCCAGAAUUCUCUUCAGGAGCUGAGGAGGCACUGAUAGAUCCCACACCUUAUGUAAGUAUCAGUCCUAUCCAUUUUAUGACUCAGAGUUUAACAGAGGCACCUAAUGUACUGGAAGGAUCCAAUCCCCCAGAUUACACUGAGGCAACAUCAGCAGUUUCCAGUUUUGCAAAGUUACCCUCCCAGACACCAUCUUCUCCGUUCACUGUCCAUUUAGGCAGCAAAGCCUCUGAACACACAGAGGGUCCGCAGCCAAGCGCUCUGCCAGUUACAGAUGCCAGCACUUCUCACGUGUUCCCAGGAAAACCUGCAAAUAUUGAAGCAACUUUCAACCCUUCAAGUAAAAAGUACUUUCCUGUAACUGAACCUCCAUCCUCAUCUCCUGAUACAGAAUUGGAACCUUCAGAUCAAAGUAAACCAAAGUUAUUCCAACAAAUGGAAGCUCCUCCCACAGAACUAAUUGCUGAAGAGGGAACUGAGAUCGCCCCAGAUCCCCAAAACAAAACCAGUAUUGAACUUUCUGGGGACACAAUCAAGGUGUUUCCCAAUAAUGGAACACCCAAAGCUGGAGGUGUUGUCACAGCUACAAGGGAAAUUAAGUUAGAAGGUGCUACUCUGUGGCCACCUUCUACAUCUGCUUCUGCAGUUUACCAGGUUGAGGCCAGUGUGGUGCCUCAGCCCAGGCCACAGACUUCUGAGGAGCCCACCAUUCUUUCUUCUCUAGACAUAAACCCUGAAACCCGAGUUUUGAGUAGAGAGGAGGAUUCCACAGUAGCAACACCAGAACAGCAAGUAUCAGUGAGAAUUCUUGAUUCCAAUAACCAGGCAACAGUAAAUACUGUGGAGUUAAAUACUGAGCUUACACCAUCAUUUUCCUUUCUGGAAACUUCUAAUGAUACCGGUUUCCUGGUUGGCAUUAAUGAAGAGUCAGUGGAAGGCACAGCAGUUUAUUUACCAGGACCUGAUCGUUGCAAAACGAAUCCAUGCCUUAAUGGAGGCACCUGUUAUCCAACUGAGACUUCCUAUGUAUGUACCUGUGUGCCAGGAUACAGUGGCGAUCAAUGUGAACUUGAUUUUGAUGAAUGUCACUCUAACCCCUGUCGAAAUGGUGCCACCUGUGUUGAUGGUUUUAAUACCUUCAGAUGCCUCUGCCUUCCAAGCUAUGUUGGUGCACUUUGUGAGCAAGACACGGAGACUUGUGACUAUGGCUGGCACAAAUUCCAAGGGCAGUGCUACAAAUACUUUGCCCAUCGCCGUACUUGGGACGCAGCUGAACGGGAAUGCCGCCUGCAGGGUGCCCAUCUCACCAGCAUUCUGUCUCAUGAAGAACAAAUGUUUGUGAAUCGUGUGGGCCAUGAUUACCAGUGGAUAGGCCUCAAUGACAAGAUGUUUGAGCAUGACUUCCGUUGGACUGAUGGCAGCUCCCUGCAAUAUGAGAACUGGAGACCCAACCAGCCAGACAGCUUCUUUUCUGCGGGAGAAGAUUGUGUUGUGAUCAUUUGGCAUGAGAAUGGCCAGUGGAACGAUGUUCCCUGCAAUUACCAUCUCACCUACACCUGCAAGAAAGGAACAGUUGCUUGCGGCCAGCCCCCUGUUGUAGAAAAUGCCAAGACCUUUGGAAAGAUGAAACCUCGUUAUGAAAUCAACUCCCUGAUUAGAUAUCACUGCAAAGAUGGUUUCAUUCAACGCCACCUUCCAACUAUCCGUUGCUUAGGAAAUGGAAGAUGGGCUAUGCCUAAAAUUACCUGCAUGAACCCGUCUGCCUACCAAAGGACUUAUUCUAAGAAAUACUUUAAAAAUUCCUCAUCAGCAAAGGACAAUUCAAUAAAUACAUCAAAACACGAUCAUCGUUGGAGCCGGAGGUGGCAGGAGUCGAGGCGCUGAUCCCUAAAAUGGCGAACAUGUGUUUUCAUCAUUUCAGCCAAAGUCCUAACUUCCUGUGCCUUUCCUAUCACCUUGAAAAGUAUUAUCAGUUGGUUUGGAUUUUUGGACCACCGUCCAGUCAUUUUGGGUUGCUGUGCUCCCAAAACAUUAUAAAUGAAAGUAUUGGCAUUCAGACAGAAAGCAAACAAAUGGAAGAAAAUAAGGGCAGAAUGUAACCAUUUCCAGCCUAGCUAAUUUCUUUAGUUUUCUAUUUGCCUCCAGUGCAGACCAUUUUAUAAUGUAUACCAGCCUACUGUACUAUUUAAAAAGCUCAAUUUCAUUACCAAUGGCAAUGUAAAUAAGAUGAUUUAAUGUUGAUUUUAAUCCUGUAUAUAAAAUGAAAAGUCACACUGAGUUCAGGCAUAUUUAAUGAUGAUUAUGGAGCUUCAGAGGUCUUUAAUCAUUGGUUCCGCUGCUUUUUGUAGUUUGUUUAGACUGGAAAUGGUUCAUUUGCCCAUUGACUGUCAGCAAGACUGAGGACAACUUUUCUGGACAACUAACAGAAUCUUGUGUGUCAUGCACCACCUCAGCCAUCCAUGCAGUUUGCUUGCCUGUAAUGGUGAAGCUUCGUGAAUGGAAUCCCGAUGGAACUAAGGACUGCAAAACGAACUCUUCUUUGCUGCAUUCCUUCUUCCUUCACUUACAAGAAAGGCCUGAAUGGAGGACUUUUUUAUGACCAGGCACAUUUUUUAGGGGUCAAAGUGCUAAUUAUUAACUCAACCAGGUCUACUUUUUAAUGCUUUCCUAACACUAACUUGCAAGGUUACAGAUCAACAUAUUUCAAAUGAAUAUAGACCUAGGGCUCUGGUGGGUGGGGGAUUGUUAAAACAACACACAUUCAAAGAAAUUUUGUAUAUAUAACCAUUUUAAUCUUUUAUAAAAUUUGAAUGUUCAUGUAUGAAUGCUGCAGCCAUGAAGCAAACAUAAAUAAAUGAAGUAAGCCAUACUGAUUUAAUUUAUUGGAUGUUAUUUUCCCCCAAAACCUAAAAAUUGACAUAGUAUACUAGUUUUUUUUUUUCCAGUGUUAGCCUUUAUACUUCCCUUAUACAAUUUGGAAACAUAUAAUCUAGAUACGUUGUCCCUGAUUAAAUAAUGUGAUGGAUAGAAUGCAUAAAGUGUUUGUUAUGAAAAAAGUGGAAAAGUGUGUAGCUUUCAGCAACUGGUGUUUGCCCAUUCUAAGCAAGGAGCAUAUAUAUAGAAAUAGUGUGAACAUUUCUUCCUGUUAGGUGGACUAUAUGUGUUGAAAUUUCUCUCUUCCCACUCUGUUUUCUCCCCUUUAUUUGAAUAAACUGACUGUAGAAGAUAACCUUGAAUCACUAUCCACUUAAUUUAAUGUUUAAACUUGCAAUGGAAAGAUGUCACUUGCAAUGGAAAGAUGUCACUUAGGACUCCUUCCCCAGUUUCAGAUCGAAAAACCUUGAGAAGAGUAGCAAAUAAAUAAAAUGCAAAUAGAAAAGGAAGCACACCUGAUGGUUCUUUUUCUCGAAACAUCCUUUGGUUUAGAAGGAACGAAUUAGGAGGAACCAAUUAGGAGGAACCAUCAUACACAAUGUCUUUAACAGAGUUCCCUUGAUUGCUGCAUUUAAUGUCAUCCACCUUUAGAUCACAAAACAGUUUUUUUCCCUGUUUCAAUACAAUGCACAUAGUAAUACAUUCUUGUAUUUAUAUUAUAACGUGUAUAGUGUAAAAUGUGAAUGACUUUUUUUUUUGUGAAUGAAAAUCUAAAACCUUUGUAACUUUUUAUACCUGCUUUUGUUUCACCAAAGAAACCUAAAAUCCUUCUUUUACUCAGCUGUGACUGGUCUGAUUAUUUACACCUUAAAUGUACACCUUUAAUGUACACCACAUUUUUACAUUUUUACAUUCUGGCUCAAUUACAGAGAACAGCUGCUGACUUAGAUGAAAUGACUUGGUGCUUAGCAGAGAGAGAAUUAUUUAGUGCCUGUAAAAAUUGGGAUAGUAAUUCUGAUAAUGUUUACAUCUACAUCCUUAUGCAUUAAUCUCAAAUAUGAAAUAAACUUGCAAUAGGCCAAGCGACAAUUGACAUUUAGAGAAUGCUUUCUGUAGCAGACCGAGUGUUUCAUGUGUGUCAUCUCCCAAUAAGCAGGAGAGGGCGCUGUUACCGAUGAAUGACAGAUCAAAUAUCGCGAACCUAAGUCAUUUGACCAAAAUCAUACCAUCAAUUUGAAGUAGAUGCAGAUAAUCUCUAAAACCUACCUGCAUAAUAGUUUCAAAGACAAUGUAAAAUACUAAAUUCCAAACCUGUAUAGAGUUAGGAGAUUAAUUUGCUGGCUAGAAGAU